UCUGAAUGUGCGACAUGCUUGAGACGUGUUCAUGUCACAAUGUCAGAAUCUGAAGUAUUAAUCGCAGAGAAGCAAGAUCCGUAUCGCUUGGCUGAGAAGGAUCGUAAGCGAACGUGCGCUUUUGCCGACACAGUUGCUGAGCGUGUGAUUAACCACUGGCGCGUUGUAACGCACAGCCACGUUGAUGAUGCACUCCCUAGCCAGACUGUAUUGGCAGGGUUCGUUUUACGACGCGAGAUUACGGGCGCUGAGCCAGUUUUGGAGACACAGAAACAGACAACGACAAACACACACACGAAUAUGCAGACACAGACACAGACACAGACACAGACACAGAAACAGACACAGACACAGACACAGAAACAGACACAGACACAGACACAGAUACAGACACAACCACACACAGUCACAUACACACCCAUACAGAAACAGACACACACAGACACACAGACACAAACACACACAGAUACAGAAACAAAAGCAAACACACACACUAAAAAAACAACACACACACACACAGAGAUACACAUACACACACACGCAUAA